CCCCCUCGCGCUGCACGGGCGCAGCCCGCGGCUCGUCCCCUGUCCCCGGGUCCCCGUCGCUCUGUCGGGGAGGCGGAUGGCGGUGGCGGGCGGCCGCUCGCUCCGGCGGGCGGGGCCGCAGAGCGCGUAGGGGGCGGCGGGCGGGCGGGCGCCUCGCAGCAUGCUGGCCGCCGCUUGGCUGGGCAGGGGGUUCUGGGGGCUGCUCCGCGGCGCGGGGCGGCGGCGGCCGUGCGGCGGGGCCAGGCCUCUGGGCAGCCGGGCUGAGGCGGGAGGCCGUCGCCACGGCAACGGCGGCGCGUUCUGCCUGGCCGGGGGGGCGCGUGCCGCUCUCGCCCUGCGCGAGCCCCGGCGGCCGCUGCGCGCGCCCUUCUGGAGCCCCCUUUGCGGCGAGGCAGGGCCGCGGCGGGCGGGGAGCGGCGGGGCCGCGCCUCCAGAGCCCCCCCGGGAGCGGAGCGCGGCCGGGCGCUAUGCCGAGCUGUAUGAAAACCCAUGGACGAUCCCAAAUAUACUGUCAAUGGCAAGGAUGGGUUUGGCGCCAGUUUUAGGCUAUUUGAUUGUUGAAGAAAAUUUCAAUGUUGCGCUAGGUGUCUUUGUUUUGGCUGGCGUAACGGAUUUGUUGGAUGGGUUUAUUGCGCGCAAUUGGGCUAAUCAGAAAUCAGCAUUGGGAAGUGCUCUUGAUCCACUGGCCGAUAAAAUUCUCAUCAGCGUGCUCUAUGUGAGCCUAACUUGUGCAAAUCUUAUCCCAGUUUCACUUACUUCCAUGAUCAUUCUGAGAGAUGUAGCGCUCAUUGCUGCUGUUUUUUAUGUGCGAUACAAAACUCUUUCUCCACCGAGAACACUCAGUAGGUAUUUUAAUCCCUGUUACGCUACAGCCCAACUAAAACCAACGUUCAUUAGCAAGAUGAAUACGGCGGUUCAGCUCAUUUUGGUGGCGGCUUCUUUAGCAGCUCCUGUUUUCAAUUAUGUUGACAGCGUGUAUCUGCAGACGUUAUGACUAUAGGAAGGAAGGAGAGGCAUCAAAUGAAAACAGGCCUACUGGAGUGCACUUUAAAUGUCUGCCUUGGGUGUCACUGCCAUCACUGGAGACCUGAACAGCUAAUUGUAGCUGACGGCAGGUGUUACAAGUGGCAAUAUUUCUCCUAAGGUGUUAGGUAAGAGUUCACAACCAAGAGGCUGAACUGCAGCUAGCAGAAUUACAUAGUAACUGAGUUUAAAGUAGUAGAAGAUCCGGUAUUACUUGUCUUAAAAAAAAAAAAAAGUCCUAAAGCUUUUUAAGGAAUAAGGAACCUUUAUCUUAACAGUCAGAUGUGUUUUUCACCCUGUUGGAAAGCUAAACCUGGAACUGCAUCUGUGAAGGACACACCUUGCUAUUUCUCUGGGACUUUGUGAGAGUUACGGUGUUGUUAGUAGUGAAGGAAUGCUAGGUGUGACUUACGAGGGUACUGUGGGAGUACUCUAAAAAUAGUAUAGGUGAGCUUGGCAGUGUGUUGGCAGAGGGCUGUUACUGACUCGCACCUGAAUGAUGUCAGCCUCUGACACAGAGAAGCACUGGUAAUUUGGAAAUAAAGUAUGGUUAUUACCCAAUGUCUGGGAAAAGACCAAAAGAGGCUGAAGCCAACACCUGUGCUUCAGCUGUGGGACUUCUUAAAAUAAAAUUAAGUUCAAGUCUUUUGUAUUUUUUUUAACAAUCCCCUUUCGUGCUGCAAAGGGAUAGUUUCUCACGUGAGUCAGUUCUCAUGCCAGUAGGAAUUAUGGAGGUUACAAAUAUGGAAGCAGAUUUGUUGUCUUCUCUCAAACAAGUGUUGAUGUUUACUGUCAUGCUUGAACUCAGAUGGCUUACAGGAGCUAUUUUCUUCAAAGGUGCAUCACAGCUUUCACAACGGUAACAUCUGCAUAUAGCUAUUACCACUAUGGCCGAAAAACAGUUCAGGUGA